UUCGAGACGAGUGGAGGCAACUUCUCCUUCUGUUCCAACCGUGGAAAAGGUUUUGUAAUUUAUCGUCUGCCGGACUUUAAAAUUCGAAAUGAUGGAAAAAUCCAAAGUUGCUGUCGACGAAAGUGCUAAUGUGGAUUACAGAAAUGAUUCCAAUAGUAUUGUUAGUUUACCACCGGCAUACGAUAAGCCGGUGUCCACGACUCUGAAAGUGGCUCGCAUCUUGUCGCUGACGCUUGUGGCCGUGACGACCAUUGUUGGAAUUAUGGUUCUCGUUGGCAUCUACAUCCACCAGGGAAAACAAUGCAGUUGUGGAGAGGUCGAUGCAGCAUCAUCAAUGAGCCAACAGCCUCUGUCUUCCGCUCGCAUUGAUCGCAUGGACCACGGACCUACUUACACAACCGGGGACCAAGAACAAGGGGGUGAGAAGGUUACAGUUAACAAGAACUUGCCUCGCCCUCUGAAACUCGAACUCGAUGCAGCUCUCGGGACUAUCUUGAAAGACCCAAAGAACAAGAAGGCCGAGGUGAACUGCGUGGCAGAGACACGAAAAGCUAGCCAAGUCAUCACACAGGAUCCAAAAAUGCUGAUGACACCUUUCGGAAACUUCAGCACUGACCCCAAAACGGUGCAUUUGAUGGGUGAAAGAAUGGUCCUGUCUUGUAUUUCAGCCGUCAAGCCCUCCAAGAAAAGUUCAAAGACAAAGAAAGCUGCAGCUAAGCUUUCCACCAUGCUGCCUCGUCCAAGACGAUCAACCAAGGAAAUGUGCUCCUGCAACUGCGACUGUUAGUUCUAGAAUGUAGUCAAUUCCAGAAAAGUCAUUCCAGAUGAAAGAACAGACGCACAUCCAUGAUCUAAAAGCGUCUUAAUACUGACAUUCAUAAAACCUUUACUGAAAAGAAAUAUUAAUUUUCUUUUGCACAAGUUUUAUUUUUCCAUUUCGCUAUAUCUUAUAUUUUAUUUCAUUUUAGUAUCAAUCUAAUGAGAACAAGAGGAGCGCAUUCAGGAUGCUUUUCAGUCAUUACUCUUAAAACUCUAAUUAUAUUUGCGAACCUUAAAUCAGGAACUAUUAUCUGGAGGAAGCAAGUCAAAUCAAUGGCUUAGAAAACGAUGAGGCAGAGAUCUCAAGUCACAUGGUUCAACAACGACGCAUGGUAGAUACGUUUUACGUGUAAGAAAGCUGAUUUCUUCCAAUACUUUACUUUUAAAUAAAUCACGUGGCAUGAUAUCCUUGCUUCAAUAUUUAAAAGCUUCACAAUCUCAACCUUUUAUCCCUUCUCAAUGAGGCAAACUAUUCGCAUUGAAUCAAGAAUUCGCAUCCAGUUCAUAAUUUAUGUAAAAAUUUUCCUAUUUUUAUGAACGGUCCGAAUUACAAGCAUCCUAAAUGCGCCACGAUACGUAUUUUUCUUUCCUGAUUUUAUAAUUUCUAGUGUAGAUAGAUAGAUAUAUGAAAACAUUUUUUCAUUAGUAACUUAAAAGAGCUGAAAAAUGGUGCGCGAAAUGAUUGCAUUCCCAGUUGAUGGAAAUGAUUUGCUGUAAAUAUUGCAUUUUUUUCGUUUUAAUUUUUCAUAUGUGUAUUUAUGGAAACUAUGGUUAUGAACCACUGUAGAGAGAACCAUGAUCAAAGUGAUCUUUGUAUAUUUUUCGGUGAAAUAAUAAAGAUGUUAAUUCCUA